UUGAAUCGACGACUUAAUAAAUUCAAGCACUAUCACCUCAUCUUCAACGAAACCCGUUAAUGGCGAUCUCUCUCCCUCACUCUGGUUCUGUACCUGAGAUCAGUCAAAGACGGUUCAAUUUUUCUUCUUCAACAUAUCUCACAAGUCGAAAAAACCGUAGACCAGGCAAAACCCCAAUUUUCAACUCUCUUUAUUUCUCUAAAAUCUCCACCGAUCUCAUCGACCAACAAUGAAUUCAACCUUCCAGGCCGCGCUUGCCGCCACUGCGAGCUUCUUCCUGGUAACCCUUUUCUUCGCCAUAGUCAUUGCAAUCUGCAAAGCAACCAAGAGAUCAGACCCUCGAACCCGAGAUCGGGCCGUACCAAAUGUCAAUCAACCUCUGUCCUCUAUCGCCAUCGACGAGAGCGCAUCGUUCGAUCCUUACCUGAGUCGAAUUUCCAUGAAUGAACUCGUCAUCGCCACUCGAAAUUUCGCCAGCGAUGGUAUUAUCGGGGACGGAAGCUUCGGGCUCGUCUACAAGGCUCGCCUAUCAGACAACGUCACCGUCGCCGUUAAGAAGCUCUCCAAGGACGCCUUUCAGGGGUUUCGCGAGUUCCGGGCGGAGAUGGAAACUCUGGGUAAGAUUCGCCACCCAAACCUCGUCAAAAUCCUCGGAUACUGCGUUGCCGGCGAUGAUCGGAUAUUAAUCUACGAGUUCAUCGAGAAGGGUUGUCUCGACCAGUGGCUACACGAUACAUCGUCAUCACAAGAAGCGGGGCCAUGGUCUUCGUCCGUGGUACGCGCGCCUCUGUCUUGGGAGACCAGGAUUAAGAUCAUCAGAGGAGUGGCGAAUGGUCUCCAUUUCCUGCAUACCUUGGACACCCCAAUCAUUCACAGAGACAUUAAAGCGAGCAAUGUGUUGUUGGACUCUGAAUUCGAGGCCCACAUUGCAGACUUUGGGCUUGCAAGGAAGAUUGAGGCAUUGAAUUCCCAUGUGUCGACGCAGGUGGCCGGAACGAUGGGGUAUAUGCCGCCGGAGUACAAGGACGGGGUCACGGUGGCCACAGUGAAGGCCGAUGUCUACAGCUUUGGCAUAUUAAUGGUGGAGAUCGCCACCGGGAAGCGCCCCAGUUGGCCGAUCAAGAUUGAGGACGAGCACAACGAGCGAAAGGAGUAUGGACUAAUUGAGUGGGCUAGGAAAAGGGUGGCAGAGGAGCGGCACCUGGAGAUUCUCGACCCGUUGAUGUCCAAGGAAGGGUUGAGGGAAUCGGAAGUCGGGGAGUUCUUCAGAAUUGCGUGUUUGUGCACUAGUGAGAGGUCUCGGGAUAGGUCUUCCAUGGAAGAAGUUGUUGAAUUGUUGAAGCAAUUAACGUCGUAGCUUGCACAGGUCUUACAGAUCUCUGCUACUCGAUUGGCUCAACAAUUUUCGCCUGCAAUUGUAUCCCCGCCUCCGAUGUAAAUUCUUGAAGCGUAAAUUUGAGUUAUACUGUUCUUAAUUUUGAUUUUU